UCGAUUGACACCAUCUCUUCAGUCAAGACAUCAGAUUCUGCUCAAAGCGUCUAUCUUCAUACUCAGCACCAGAUUCUUCCAGUAGCAAUUGGCAGCAAUUCUCUUCAACUAUCAUCAUUCUGCGAAAAGUCCUCGUUCUGAUCUUUGUUGGAAGCAUCUGACUUAGUUCAGCAACAAUGGCAGUGACAAUGACAGCUCCAGCUGCACUUCUGGGAGGAUUGAGGAGUGCUCCGUUGAGCUCCAGCUUGAAGAACUCGAUCUCCAGCAGCAGCAGAAGCAUUGUGAGGUAUGCCAUGCUGCAGAGACCGACGGCGGCCAGAAGAAUGAAGUCGAUCCGAUGUGAAGGAAUCAGGGAGACGGUGGACAAGAACACGAAGAAGGAGAUUACGAGGGAAGAGAUUCUGGAGAACCAGGAGACGAACGAGUCCGAGAAGCAGUCGGUGUUCGGAGCCAAGCCCACCUCCGGGUCCUUCUAUCCUCGCCCCGAGGUCGAGAGACGCCCAGAAACUGGCGACAGGAGCCUCGAGAGCAUCUUCGCCUUCGACGGUGCUGCACCAGAAACCAUCAAUGGCCGAUUGGCGAUGGUGGGGAUUGUCUGGGCUGCCAUAGCAGAGAGGAUGAGUGGGUUGACAGUCUUCGAGCAGCUGUACACUCAGGGCACCGGGCUGGUGUUCUACGUUGCACUCGUGCCGCUCAUCGCCUACGCAUCGAUCGUGCCCAUGCUGAACGGAGAGUCGACCGAUGCUCGCAGCAAUGGUCCUUUCACCGCGAGGGCUGAGCGCUGGAAUGGCCGACUCGCCAUGCUCGGAUUUCUGGCACUGGUUCUGACGGAGCAGUUUACCCACACGCCAGUUUUCAACAGCUUGUUCUAAGCCUGAGCAGCUGCAUCAUGUACAGUAGAAGAUAGGCAGAGUGGCGUCGGCCGUCUGCUUUGUGCACCAGGGCCUGUAGGAUGUACAGAUCCAGUUUCCAGCUUCCAACUUCAAGCUUCUAGCAGCUUGUCAAGAUAUUGUAUUUUACGUCAAUUGGUUUAAUGGGAAAUGUAAAAUUUGCUC